AUGAGACCUGGGAGUGGAAUAACAUGCCGACCAAAAGACAGGUCGGCACAACGCCAAAGCAUUGCAUUUCUGGAGAAAUGUGCCAAAGAAAAAGAAAAACUUCAAGAGCGUCUCACUGAAGAACUCAAGACAGAUAUUUUAAGGAUGUUUGAAGACAGCAUUCAUCCAGAUAUCUUGUUCUAUGUUGGUAAGAAAGACGUCAAAGCACAUAAAAUCAUGCUCCAAGGAAGGGAAGGAGAUAUUUACAAUUACCUGCUGGAUUACUUGGCUAACGACAACAACUCGGCAUCUGAUGUCAUAACAAGUAAAGAACUGAAAGAUUUUCUCAGACAACUGUACACAACAGAAUGUUGUGAUAUCUUGGUGGAAGAAUUUAUAAAGAAAUUGAUUUCUGAAGACUUGAAGAAUGGCAGUUCCAGUCUCUUCCCAGUAGUCAAUGGAAAUGAGGAAAUUCAUGAGAACAAUGACCCAGACCUGAAGAAAUCCACAUACAAAAUUACCAGCCAAAUUCCUGUCUUUAGUUGUGUGCGUUCUCGUGAGUCUUCUGGCCCUGAAGCAGCAAGUAGUGCUGACAGUUGCAUGUCAUUUUCAUCAGCAUCAACGUCUUCCCUUGGCAACAACAAUGGGAGCUUUACCAGCUUGUCUCUGUCCUCUUCUAAAGAUGAAGACUACAGCCAGGCAUCAACCUUGAGCCCAGAAGACAGACGACAACAGAUGAAUGAGAUCCGGCAACCUUCUUUUGUAAACUGUGAUACAGUCAGUGGUGGACCGACUUCUUCAGAGGAAGCACCACCAGUCAAAGGUCUAUUGGCAUCCCAGAGGUUGCCUGAUUUAAUAACUGCUUCUACAACUCUUCCUCAUGAACCCUGCUGUAAACUUGGCCGUCACCUGCUGCAGAUUUUGUUGCAAGGAACGAACACUGAUUGUAUCUUGUCAGUACACAACCAUGAUUUCCGUGCUCACAAAUGUAUCCUGGCUUGUCGUUCCAAGUAUUUUGACACAAUGUUUAAUGGUUCCUGGGCUGAAACAGAUGCUGAGAAAUUGCACCUUGAAAGUAUAAGUUCUGUGGUAUUGGAGCAACUAUUACUUUAUCUUUAUGGUGGUGUGAUUGACUUAAUUGACAACUGUGAUAUGGUUGAACUGUUGGUCAUUGCUGACAUGUAUGGUAUUGAUGGACUCAAAGAUGCUGUCAAUUUUAACUUGAGGUAUGACCGUUGCCAUUUCUUUCAUAAGCCAUGUCCUGGGUGUAUUGCUGGAGUACCUGAGGUUUUGGCUUUAUCAAAGACAUUCAACAUGGCUGAACUUCAUGAACGUUGCCUUAAAUGGAUCAAUAAAAAUUUCAGCAAAGUCUGGCCAACAAAAUCUUUUUCUCUUAUGCAUGAUUCUUUGAUGAUGGAAUGCUGUCAAAGAGCUAUCAAAGAUUUGACCUGUGAGAAUGUGCUUGAAGUCAUAAUGGAUUGUCAGAAAAUCUCUAGCAGCUUACCACGCUUGAAAUGGUCUGAACCAGUCCUUGCUGUUGUCACUCAGUUAAUGGAUGCAGCCAUUGAAUUCACAGGGCUUCAUUUCACAGAAGAUUUUGCAACAUUUGUCCGUUCGUUGUUCAACAAAUGUGAAGAUUACUUGAAGCUGCACAUUCAUCAAGUUGCCCAUUGCAAAGACUGGGAUCUGCUGACUGAUGAGAUGCAAAAAAAUAUCAUGCAAUCUGCUUCCUAUGUCUGCAUUGAUAAUAGUAACAGAGGCAAGAUGCCACCUAAAUUAACCAGUAUGCAAAAGCGAAGAAGUGGAGCCGAAAUGAUUAAGUUAAUUAAAGAAGAUGGUACUUACAUGAUGUCAAGCCCAGAAAGUUCACCCUCAGCUAAAGGUUCACCAAAAACCCAUAAGGCUUUGAAAAGCAGUCACAUAUCAUCUGGGUCUCCAGUUCACACUCGAAUUCCAACCCCAAAGGGAUCACCAUCAACUAGAGGAAAAGAUCAGCUAAAAGUGUCUGGGGGAGAAGCCCUCAGUCACAAAAAAGCAAAGACAUCUAAAAUUGCUAAAAGAACUCGUAAACCACAGCCUGAUGAAGAAGUGGAUGAAGUCCUGACAAUAUCUAUUGUUGAAUUGACACCGGAAUCAGACAAAGAUAAACCAACAUGGUUUGUGGCUAACCGACAACAGAACAUUAAUCUUCUGAAAAGGGUUAACAGCUCAUAUGAACCAUUAACUGCAGAGGCAGCUCUUGUCCAAGCAAGACCAAGAAGCCAGUCAAUGGGUCAGGUGGAACACUGUGUCCUAAAAGUCGCAAGGAAACACAAUUCGUAUCUGACCUCAAUGUAUGAUAACAAACGCACACAAAUCAUUCCAAUAUUUAAUGUUGUCUUUUUCAAACCUGAUUCAUAA